AUGUUUGAUUUAGAUAGUGCAAACAAUUCAAGUUCUAAUAAUGCAAAUAUUAACAAAUCCUUUGAAAAUGAAUCUUCAGAAAAUAGAGAAAUAAUUAAAGCUUUAGAAAAUAGAGAAAUAGUUGAAUUCUUAGAUAAAGAAUCAGAUAAUAUGUUAGAAAAAGAAAGACAACAAUUUGAAGAAGAAAAUAUCAAGAAGGGAUAUGUAAAUGAAGAUAAACUUCUUAUAAAUGAUAUUACUCAUCCUGCAAUUGAUACUAAUACAAAAUAA